ACCCUGUGGCUGUAUGCAAAUGCUAUUAAAAGUAAGAAUGAAUGUUGUGAGGUGGUUGUGAAUGUGUUGCAGCAACCCAAUGUUGGCAGUAAAAGCGUCUGGCUCAAGAUUCAGGGUGUGUCCGUGGUCAAACGGACUUUGAGAAAAAAAACUGCAGCUGGAGGAUGGAAAAAAGGAACGGUUGGUAAGUCUCAUAAGAUCACAGGCAUCUGGGUGGAGACAUCGAUUUCAAAUGAAACAGAGAGACUGUGAGAAAGAAGAUUAAACCUUGAAACACUGGAAUAGUAUGUGUGAGAGAGAGUGAGAGAGAGAGAGAGUAAAGGAGAAAUAAUGAUGCAAGCGAAAGAAAAGAAACUGAGAAUGUGGGACUGUAAUUUUGUCCUCGCUGUGGGAGUCUUCAAUCCAUCGUCCAAAUCCUCAAAACUAUUUUCUUUUCUAUCAAAGUUCCUCCUCAGGCAGAGACUGUUUGACUUGGAAAUGAAAGCAGUAACAGAGCGGAAGAGAGGAUAAAAAAGAAAAAGAAGGAAAUGGAGCAUGUGUGAAUUUGAUGCCAAUUCCUCCACGCUUGUACAGCAAAGACUUUCACAAGUGCAGAUUUUUAUAUUCGUGCCCGUCGAAACUCCCACCUCAUCGAGCGCGUGCCCGUCCUCACGGAUGCGCGCAGUGUGGCGUGAGAAGUUUCAUGUCGUGUGUGAAGUUUAUUCAUCAAAAACAAUCAUCUGAAACUCUGAUUUUAUCCUGUCUUUGAGGACAUUUGUUGUAGCAUGAAAAGAAAAGGCUGACUGUCAGACGACUAAAUGGAUUGAGACUCUCCAGUGAAAUAAAGAGUAAGAGAAGUGAGAGGAACAGAGAGAGAGAAGGAGAAUAAUCCAUCUAAUCCAGAGCAAUCCCGGCUGAUCAAACCUUCUGCAGCCACAGACAAAACACAGCAGGAUUACAUGUGCGCUAGCUGCUGAUGAGCUUUAGCGGGUUUGUUUUAGGGGCAAUAGACACUGACUGUCAGUGGUGGGCUCUGUAAACACUAAACCAACACAUCAGAGGACAGACAAGUGGACGUCAGGUGGACUGUAGGACACACUGUUGGACAGAACUCCAGGAAAAGGACCGUUUGGACUCUAUCGGCACUGUACAUAUGAACUUCACAAUCCUGGAGCAACAACGCUCAACUUUUGGUGUGGAAGACGUUUAAGUUGUUUUAGAAAUAUGCGUAAGACAUCUUGAUGAUGUAAACUGAUGUUUGUAAAAAGCUAAAUGAAAUGGCUAAAUUCUGCCAUGUGUAAAUCUAAUGAACUUAUCUCAAAACUGGGGCUUUGGAGGAAUUUGGCGAUUUUUGUUUUUAAAGGCUGGUGAGGUGUUAGAAACGUUUUGAAGACAUUUCGUGGAUCACAGCUGAGCAAGGAACCCAUUUAUUUUCUGUUAGUUGGAGAGAGUUGGAGUUAUGUACUCAUUAAAAGGUGUUUAAACUCCUUGGAAAUCCUAUUAGACUUCAACGGGUUAUUAAUAAACUCUUGGUUGGGUUGGGCAGCACAAGCAGAGCCGCUCAGAGCCGCUCGCUCAUAAACUGAUAGAACAAACACCAGAAGACACGCUUGUAUCUCUGCAUUAACAGCCAUUUAAAAAAACAAUCAUGUAUUUGAAUCUAGUAUUAGUAGAUCUGAUGUAAUCGGUAUUUAGCUAGCUGAGCAAUGGCGCUUGUACCAGCACUGCUGACGUUUCUCACCAAGUUUAUUAUAAUGAUGGCCAUUUCGUUUUUUGAAUGAAGUGUAAAGAAACUCUAAAUAACAGAGUUCUUGCAGGAUAUAAUUAAUCUGAGAACUUAAAUUGUUCUUUUAAUCAGAUUCAAUCAGACAUUUCAGUUACGAAAAUUCAUAUCAUGUUUGCUUAGCUUCCACUGCUGUCAUAUUCUCUUGCACCAUCGUUUGAAUUCAUUUACCUUUAUGCAGUAUUAUACUAGCAUUAGGGCUUCUGAUAUUUUUUGAUGCAUUUGUCUGAAUUUUUGCGAUUUGUGUUCAUUAGAUAUGUUGAGCACAUCAUAAUAGCCUAUCUUCAGUCAAAUUAAGAUAUUUCUGGACAGUUUUUCCACUAGUGAUUUUUCUUUCUCUGUUGAUCUUUUUGAAGGAUUAAACAUAAUUUUUUUUUCAUCUAUUAAUUAUUUAUACUGCAGUAUUUGCGCCUGACUUUGAAAUUUGAGGAACGCAACGUAACAUCUUCAGACAAACUUUUGACUGUUUUUCUACCAUUACUUUUUUUUGCUCUUUUUUGGGGGGUUGUUGCCUUCUGGAUCUAUUUUAAGAAUUAUUUUGAAUAUGAGUUUGGGAAAGUUGCCUGCGAUUAAAGGACUGCUCUCCACGAACAAUAAACGGCGCUUUAAAAGCGAGCUAUCCGUGGACAUGAUCAGUCCGCCACUCGAGGACUUCCGACACACUAUGCACGUUGGCCGCGGUGGCGACGUCUUCGGUGACACAUCGUUUCUGAGCAACUACGGAGGUUCAACGAACGAUGAAGGAUCAGGGAACCCAGAUGAGUCACCGUCCGGUUCAAAAACAACAAGAUUUCUCUCGCGCACACUACGACACGUACGGAAAAACCCAGCGGCCCGGCUGAGAGGAGGGUCACGUGACUUCUCUUCCCCUCCCCCGCCAAUAUCACCCAUCAUUAAAAACGCCAUCUCUCUGCCUCAGCUGAACCUGGACACUUCCAACGGCAGCCAGAAGAGGGCGCUGCUGCCCAUCUCCAUCAGUUCACCUGAUCAGCCGCUCUGCUCGUACAGCCUUCAUUCUGGUUUUGUCACACUGCCUCGCUUUUGCCGGCUUGAUCAAAAUUUUGAAGAAACAUCUGGAACGCUCUGCGCAGAUUACAGACUACUAGAGAACGGUGACCUGGCGCGUUCUGACUCGCUCACCUCCUUCACAGUGGACCUCGGUCCCUCCCUCAUGAGUGAAGUUCUGCAGUUGAUUGACAACUCCAGCAGCCUCUUUAGUAUUAGUAAGAACUGGGAGAGAGAGGAAGAGGAGGAAGAGUCAAGCUCUAUGUUUGAGAUGGAGAGCCCAUCCAUCUCUUCUGUAGACAGUGUGAGGAUGUGUGUGAGCAACAGUGGGCUCCCCGACACUUUACAUGAGACUCAGCAGGAACAUGAUGAUGAUGAAGUUUGUAAACAGACAAUGAUAGAUACAUCACUCAGGUGUCCAAUCAGAGCAGAGGUGAGUAUGGAGCCCAGGAGGUUCCAGCAGGCUGCUAACGCGCUGGUGCGUCACUUUGGAGGUGGCAGCAGUCUCUUAAAGGAGCAGCAGCGAUCUGAAGAAGAUAAUAACAGGCCUUCAUCAUUCAGCCACAGGAGGGCGCCACACUCCUUCCCUGAGACAGAAGAAGAAAUCAAAGUGUAAAGUACACAAUAUGAGAACAGUCAACUAACCAGACAGAUUUUUAAAAACAAAAACAAAAGUGUCUUGAAUCAAGUUUUUUUUUUUUACACAGUUUCUUUAAACUUACAUAAGUUUGGGAGAUCUGAAAUAAGAAUCUGUGGAGAAUUGUUUUGACAUGACAGAUACAAGGACCUGAAAGAGACAUGCUGUUAUCACAAGUCUUUUUCUAAGCACUCUAGAUUCUAUUCUUGUCUUAAAAGUCAUGUUAUAGUUCAAGUUUAAACUCUUCAUUUGUCUACAACUGAACUGUGGAAUCAAAGGUUUAUAAUGGAUGUAUUUUCUGUACAUUUGAUACUGAUGUUCUUAGCAGGUGAUUUCUCUUAUAAAAUAAAGGGCAAUUUUACCAGGAAACCAGUCAAAGGUUUGGACACACUUAAAUUAAUUUAUGAUUCUUAGAUGAAAGCUGAACCACAAGCCUCUAAAGAUUUACUUUUAUAACCAGUAUAUAAUCUUGAAUAUAAUUUUAAACCCAUUAUUGCCCAGAUUUGUCCCAGAGAUUACUUAACAUUUUUAGAGUUUUUUUAGUGACCGGUGGGCACAUAUAUAUGCAUAGAUUGAGAUAAUAUUGCGCGCUGGACACUUUCAAACUGAAGCUUACUUAUAGUUGCCUCUGCAUAUUAAGAUGGGAUAUUAUAAAGUAUUUUAACACUGAAAACUUUACAUGCUAUAGCAGUGAAAGCAAUAUAAUCAUUUCUAAUAUUUUUGUUAUUACAAUGUAAUUUGAUAAAUGAAUGAUUAAAUCAUUUAUAAACUGUAACCUGUCCAGUUUUAUAAUUGCUGCUUAAGGAUUAAUCCGUAUGAACAAGCACAUAUGUGUAGGCUUAAUUUAUUUCAAUGACAAAUGUAAUUAAGGUUAGAUUUUAAUGUAUUGUAGGA